UUCUCCUUCUUCUCUCCGCUACCCUAGUUCCCUACUCCCUGAGCGACGCCGCCGAGAUAACCCCGCGCGGCUGCGUAAGUCUCCAUUCACAUAGGUAGGCUGCUAGGCAGCUCGGCCGCGUGCCGGAGGCGGGGGAGUCAGCAUAUGGCGUUCCACGGUCACCUCCCGCACGAGAUGUCCAUGCCUCAGCUCGGCGCGGACGACGCUGCCGCGGCUGCUGCGGCUGCGGCGGCUGGGGCCGGCGGAGGCGGGCCGCCCGCGUGGAUGCGGUACGGCGACGGGAGCUUCCUGCACCUGCAGACGACGUCGGACUCCUCGGCUUCGCCGUCGGCCGCGGCGGCUGCAGCCGCCGCGGCGGGGCUGCAGUGGAACAUGGGCGGAGCAGGCAAGGACGCGGUCGCGGCGAUGGGCGCCGGCGUGGUCGCGGCAGGAGGCGCGGAGGAGCCCGAGGCGGACGCGGCGCGGUGCAAGGCGGAGGUGCUGGCGCACCCGCUGUACGAGCAGCUGCUCUCGGCGCACGUGGCGUGCCUCCGCAUCGCCACGCCCGUGGACCAGCUCCCCCGCAUCGACGCGCAGCUCGCGCAGUCGCAGGGUGUCGUCGUCAAGUACUCCGGCCUCGCUACCGCCGCGGCCGGGGACGACGGCCGCGAGCUCGACCAGUUCAUGACGCACUAUGUCUUGCUACUUUGUUCAUUCAAAGAACAACUACAACAGCAUGUUCGUGUUCACGCAAUGGAAGCAGUGAUGGCUUGUUGGGAACUUGAACAGAAUCUGCAGAGUUUGACAGGUGCCUCGCCGGGUGAGGGCACGGGUGCAACCAUGUCUGAUGGUGAAGAUGAUCAGGCUGAUAGUGAGGGUAACAUAUAUGAUCCAGGCUUGGACAGUCCUGAUACUAUGGGCUUUGGCCCGCUUGUUCCCACAGAAAGUGAACGGUCCCUAAUGGAACGUGUUCGUCAAGAGCUAAAGCACGAGCUCAAGCAGGGUUACAAAGAGAAGCUUAUAGACAUUCGAGAAGAAAUUCUUCGCAAACGACGAGCAGGAAAGCUGCCAGGAGAUACAACUUCUACACUGAAAGCUUGGUGGCAGUCUCAUUCGAAGUGGCCAUACCCAACAGAGGAAGACAAAGCUCGGCUAGUUCAAGAAACUGGGCUACAGCUAAAGCAGAUCAACAAUUGGUUCAUCAACCAAAGGAAAAGGAACUGGCAUAGUAACCCAUCUUCAUCAUCCACCAAUGCCAAAAGCAAACGCAAAAGCAACGCAGGUGAUGGCAAUUCAUAGGAUUCAUGGGAUCAUAGCUGAGGGCUGAAUGCUGAAUUGAGCGAGUUCCACGUGAAAUUAGGGAAGGCAGCAAUGCACAGCGGUACUUAGAUCAGAAAACUUCUCAGCAGGAUCAACAGCCAUUUAGGACACCAGUAGUCUUUUGUGGACGAACCUAAUUGCCUCUUAGGAAUUAUAUAGUUUCUGUACGGGUUUGAUUUAUUGAAGAUUAGAGGAAGUUCCUUUUUCUUUGUUCCAAAAGGGUUGUAUAAAAUGGCAAUAUUUAUAAUUGAUUGCUAGACACCAUAUGGUAAUAUUUUUUUUACAAGAUUGGCAUUUA